CCAUAAAGAAACUCCCUUUCUGUGUGGAUGUGUCAGCGCUGUUUCAGCACACAGCAUCGCCGCUGCCGGGAAGGGGAGUGCACCUCACGGGUUGAUAAAACAUUCCUGGGCUGAAAUACUGACCUCAUUCAGACUCGUUCCCUGUACAGACGACAGCCUGCUGCAACUAUGGGUCUCCGGGCUGUUAUGCUCCUGUGGAUAACUUCCCUGAUUUAUCUUUCACACGGGGACCUGGCGGUGGAUGAAGAGUUGAUCGUACCGAAGCACAGCCACCCUUCUGGAGGUUCGUUUCACAUGAACCCUGAAGGCAGUGAAGUGCUGGAGGCAGCCAGAAAAGCAGUCGAGGAAUUCAACAAAAGGUCCAGCUCAAAGAAGUACUUCAGACUUCUCAAUGUCACAUCUGCUGAGGCCCAGGUUACUAACUUGAUAAACUACAAGAUAGAUGCUGUGAUUGUUAAGACCAAAUGCCUUAAAUCUGAAGAAGCUGACAUUGAAACCUGUAUUUUAGGAAAAAAGCAAAAGCAGCGGACUUGCAGAUUUGAGGUUACUUUCAAUCCUCAGAAUGAUACAUAUGAAUUACUUUUGUUCUCCUGCAAGAGAUGACCUAGCUUACUUCUGGACCAAUCAAUUAAUCCAGCAUCUAUUUAAUCAGACUGCCUUUUAAACAUGCUGGUUUUUCAGUUUCUCAGCAAAUGUUGGUCAUGAUGAGGAGAUGAGAAUGAGUUUAGUUGGAAGAGGGUACAACAGCAAUGCUAAUAUACCUCAGGGGUAUAUGUCACAAAGAUUGAGGGCACAUAGAGCUGGUCUUAGGGUUUGGCAGCCCAAAACAAGAGUAUAUGUUGGCCUCAAGGUUCUCCAACAUAAACCGCAUACUCCUUAGCUGAAUGAAUGAACUCAUUACUUGCUUAGAGCAGUCCAUUGAAAACCAAAGAUGACAUUCAGUCCAUGCUUUUGCAGGAUGAGUGUGCUCAUAUUCUUAUUGAAAUAUGCUCUGCUUCACACUCCAUAUUGCAUUUAUAACAAUAGGUGAACACACUUAAAAAGUACACAAUUAAAUGUGUUCCAAAAAGAAUUUAAUAAAAAGAAAAAUUCAACUGGAUUGUGUGUCCCAGGGAUGGUUGUGCCACCAGAUGACUGCAUACACCAGCAACCAGCUCUGCUCCCACAUCCUGUAUGGGAGAUUGAAUCUCUGCACAAGCAGGGUCUGAUUUUCUGUGGCAGCACAGUCGUUAAAGGACACGGACUACCAAGUCCCAGUCUUGAGUAGACUGUCCAUUUCAACAUAUUCCACCAUCAAAGAUAUUCAUCAUAGUCAUUAAACAUGAUUCAUAAUGGCAUGGUUUAGGGGCUAAGACUUGCAGUGCCUGUUCUUAAGCAUUCACAAUGCUAUCUUCUUUAGGUUAUAUUACCCACCAGGCAGUACAAAUUACAGGGACCUCAACAACUACAUAUAGCUACAAACUACAUUAAAAACCUCAAGCAAUAAACCUCCAUUAUAAUUAUUUUUAGCCAUGAGCCUAUUUUUCCAGUGGUAAUGAAGCUUUCUCAUUUAUUCCUCAAAGCACUGAUGGUCUCAUGUGCUCAGUUAUAUACUGGAACUCUUUACGACUGGGAAGAGUGACAAAAAGAAAUUGUGGCCUUCAAAAUGGAAAAAAACACUUUCUUAAAGAGGCCCGAAGAUUGACUUGAGCAGAUUUUACUGCAGUGGAUAUCAGGGCCUGGCUGUCUGUAAAAUGUCAGCAAAAUCUGCUUGAUGCUCUCCAAGCACACACCUUGCAAACCUAAUUAAUAUCACAACAAUUUAUAUCACAAAAAUAAUACCAGCUUACCCAUGCCUCAAUUUAGAAAAUGGUAAAUGGUUGGCAUUUAUGUAGCGCCUUUAUCCAAAGCCUUUAUACAACUCUUCAGCUUCUCAUUCACCCAUUCAUACUCACACUCACACACCAACGACGAUUGGCUUCCAUGUAAGGUACCAACCAGCUUGACAGGAGCAUUUUUAGGGGUUAGGUGUCUUGCUCAGGGACACUUUGACUACAGCAUACUGGUAUAUGUAAUACAUAGCCUACAGCGUACUGGUAUAUGUACUACAUAGCCUACAGCAUACUGGUAUAUGUACUACAUAGACUACAGCAUACUGGAAUACAUACGACAUGGGCUACAGCAUACUGGUAUAGGUACGACAUGGGCUACAGCAUACUGGUAUAUGUACUACACAGGCCACUACAUAUUGGUAUACUACAUGGGCUAAUAACUUCAUUCAGGCGCUUGUUAUUAAAGGUUUCUUGACUUUUAGUGCAUUUUUGUAAAGUGAAUGGAUUUCUAUUAAAUAAAAUAUAUAUACAUUUCAAAAA